AUGGAAUCAUUCAGAAUAAAAGGAGCCAAGGAAAUUGCAACUCUCAUUGAUGGGCAGCUAACAAAGUCCAAGAGCUACAUGAACUUGCCAACUCCAACACAAAGAUGUCUAGACCUGGUGGUGAGCCAUUUGCAGGAAGCACAAUGCUUUGGACUGAAGAAAGGGAGGGGAGUGGGUGAGAGUGGAAUGCGUCUUUCAUUUUCGCCGCCGGCUUUAUGGGCAAAAGUGCAGGAAAUGAGAAAGAGGAAAUCCGAGGGAGGUAUUGGCACCGCACUUACGAGAGAUGCUAUUUCCCACGCAUCAGCAGGGAAGCGGAGUGCGAAGGAGGGUGGAGAGACGGUUUAUAGAGUUGGUGGAGAUGGCCAUUCUCUUUCCGCUCCGGUGAUCGCAUGCUCAGACAGGGAUAACGAGUUCGGUGAAGGCGCUCGAUGCAACACUCGCAAUUUGGGCUCAAUUCGAUUGUUCGAUGAGCACUACAGCCAGGAGUACUAUAUAGGCUGUGGCGUCUCCUGUGAAGCGAAGGAUAAGUACGUCACUCUCAAGUGGCUAUAUGCGAAAUUCACCGACGGCGUGUCACCUCGUGGCAUACGCUUGAGAGAGACGGAGAUUCUCUCAAAAAUCAGUCAUCCCAAUAUAAUUGAAUACAUUGAAACAGUGGUUUCUCACCAGGGGCGUAUUUGUUUGGUCCUCGAAUACGUGGAGCACUCAUUCGAAGACAUUAUCGCUUUCUCCAGAGAUUCGCCUUACACCUUCAGUGACUCCCGUGUGCGCUUCUUCAUGAGGCAACUUCUCUCUGGCAUUGCCUAUCUCCAUGCUCGACGAAUCAUACAUCGCAACGUGAAGCCAAGUAAUUUGCUAGUCACCGACACCGGCAUUCUAAAGAUUUGCGACUUCNCUCAAGUGGCUUUAUGCGAAAUUCACCGACGGCGUGUCACCUCGUGGCAUACACUUGAGAGAGGCGGAGAUUCUCUCAAAAAUCAGUCAUCCCAAUAUAAUGAAUACAUUGAAACAGUGGUUUCUCACCAGGGGCGUAUUUGUUUGGUCCUCGAAUACGUGGAGCACUCAUUCGAAGACAUUAUCGCUUUCUCCAGAGAUUCGCCUUACACCUUCAGUGACUCCCGUGUGCGCUUCUUCAUGAGGCAACUUCUCUCUGGCAUUGCCUAUCUCCAUGCUCGACGAAUCAUACAUCGCAACGUGAAGCCAAGUAAUUUGCUAGUCACCGACACCGGCAUUCUAAAGAUUUGCGACUUCUGUCACGCAAUUGAAUGCGAUUCCACGCAGUUUCGAAACACAAAUGAUUUUGGCUCUCUGUGGUACUUAAGCAUCGAGCAACUACGCGGUUGCGAGGAGUACACAUCUGCAAUCGACGUGUGGUCAGCUGGGUGUGUACUUGUGGAGAUGAUAACGCAAAGACGUCUUUUUCAAUUUGCCACUGAGUGCGAGAUGAUAAGGGGCAUUUUGAGGAUCUGUGGAAAACCGACAGAGAGUGUGUGGCCGGGCGUGAGUGGAUUGCGCGGAAUGCAAUUGGAGGAAUUACCCGACACGCACACUAGCCAUUUGAGAAGUAGCCUUGGUCGUGCGGUCUCUGAUGUCACCUAUCAUCUCCCUCUGAGCACAUCUCACUCACUUCGUGCACUUUUUCAAUGA